AUGGAGAAGUCUACAAAUUUAGGAACGGGUCGUAAUGUAGCCGUAGGUCAACUUCCUUCUACUGGUAGUACUGCUUGGCCAAAAAGACGUCAAGUUUCAGAUGUUUGGGGUCAAUUUGCAACAUAUGUAGAAGAUAAUAACGGUAAAGUGUAUGAUUUGUGUGUAGAUCAAAUGAUGAUGGAUUGUGAUACUAAAUUGAGACGUUUGAAGAUUUCUCAAGAAAUUUAUCGUGAGAAGAUGGCAAUAGGAAUCAUAAAACAUAAUUACUCAUAUUCAAUAGUGGAGCAUGAAGGAAUUAGGGAUGUCCACAUGUAUUUGAAUCAUGAAGUUAAGCAUUAUACUAGGAACACCGCUAAGGCGGAUUGCUUAAAGAUAUAUUAUAGGGAGAAGGAAGGGAUUAAGCUUGCUUUAGAGAGGGUUUCGGGUAGAAUAUGCUUGACUUUUGAUAUUUGGCAUUCUUGUACUACUGAUGAGUAUAUUUCUUUAACGGCUAACUAUGUUGAUCAGAACUAG